AUGAGCGAAUUUCUGAUAAUCCAAGUCGGUCAAUGUGGAAACCAAAUAGGUGGUUCCUUGUGGCCUUCGAUAUUACAAGAAUACAAAAUAUUGCCUUGCCAACACCCAAAUACCGUCGGAAGACAUGGCACAUCAGAGUAUGUUCGUGAACAAAGGUUCACAUUAAACAGUUUCCUUCAUAUUCCAAACCUAGAACAUUCAGGGGGUUUUCAGACUCUGAACUUAUCUGAAUUGAAGAAAAACAACGUGAAAGCAAGGGUAAUCUGUAUCGACAUGGAAGACAGUGUGCUAUCAAGAUUCUCGAACUCGAAGUUGAGUUUUCUAUUCGAUAAAAGUGCAAUCAUCAGAAAUUAUCCAGGAUCAAGCAACAACUGGGCUGAAGGGUACUGCACGCAUGGUUCUACGUUUAAAAAUAACAUUUUGAAGAUUGUAACGAAGUAUGUUGAAAGAUGUGAUUCUUUACAUGGAAUUCUGCUUGUUUAUUCAAUGGGUGGAGGAACUGGAUCAGGUUUAGGUAGUUUCGUUUUGGAGCAACUGGAUGAUCAUUUUCCGAAUAUUGAGAGAUUCGUUGUAUGCGUCUACCCCAACGGCAGCGAAGACGUGGUCACCGGCCCCUACAACGCGAUGCUGGCCACGCAGUACCUCGCGCGUCACGCCACGUGCGUGUUUCCCGCGGAGAACAGGGCCCUGCAGGACCUGUGCGACCGCAGGAGGCUGACGACCAGAUCGGAGGACGCCCGGGGAUGUUGGUCUGUCGCCGGCACCUUCGACGACCUGAACUCGAUACUGGUGAAAUUGCUGCUACACGUGACUAGCGGAUCCCGGUUUUCAGGGCAGCUGAAUUUCGACAUGAACGAGAUCAAUACGAACAUGGUGCCGUUUCCGCAGAUGAAAUUUUUGUGCUCCAGCUUCAGCCCUAUAGGAAUUUACGAGGGGAAUAGUGUAUCGAGUACCACUAUAAGGGAGAAGAAUUUUUGGAAUGCGUGUAGUAAAACUAAUCAACUGCUCAAAAUAGAUCCCUUGGAUGUCGACUCUUCCCUAAUGGCAAGCAUGCUGUUUGGGAGAGGAGAAUACACGUUGACAGAUAUGAGGAAUUAUGUGAACAAACUUCAGAGGAAGGCACCUUACCUAGAAUGGUCGAAGAAGUGCACUAAAGUGGGUUUAUGCUCUAUACCACCAAUCGAUUCCAAGUUUUCGAUGAUGGCUUUGUUCAAUACCUCUUCCACAAAGGAGAUAUUCUUUCACAUAUCCGAACAGUUUCAUAAAUUGAUGAGAAGGAAGGCUCACGUGCACCAUUACACAAAAGUUCCAGGUUUCGAGUUCGAUUGUUUCUACGAGUGCCAGAAUACGAUUGCAGAUAUUAUCGAUAUUUACGAGGAAGCUGGAACUUCUAACGGCAUCACUGAGGAAAGGAUAUCGCCGAAUAUAAAUUAUUGAAGAAGAAAUUAAA